AUGAUCAACCCCAACUACUACCCCUGGGGCUACGACAGCGAUAACGGACCAGAUCAGUGGCACAAAAAUUACCCUUUUGCGAAAGGACGCCAUCAGUCACCGAUUGAAAUCAAUAACAAAGAGGUGCAUUAUGACAGUUCUCUACUACCAUGGUUUGCUAGUUAUGAUCCUGGUGCAGCUAAGACCAUCCUCAACAAUGGGAAAACCUGCAGAGUUGUAUUUGAUGAUUCAUUCGAUAGAUCAGUGCUGAGAGGUGGGCCACUUCCAGGAGUCUACAGGCUGCGGCAGCUGCACUUCCACUGGGGCUCGUCUGACGACCACGGCUCGGAGCAUGUCGUGAAUGGAGUCAGGUAUGCAGGAGAGCUACAUUUGUUACACUGGAAUCCCAAAUACAGUAAUUACCUUGAUGCUAAGAGAAGAACUGAUGGGAUUGCUGUUUUGGCCAUAUUUUUGCAAGUAGGGGAAACUCCCAAACCAGAGAUGAAAAGAAUUCUUGAAGAAAUAAAUGCUAUCAAAACAAAGGGGAAAAAUGCUCCUUUUCCAAACUUUGAUCCUUCAAUUCUUUUCCCUAAAUCUCACGACUACUGGACAUACCAUGGAUCUGUCACUACUCCACCUUGUGAAGAGUGUGUUACCUGGAUUAUUCUUAGAGAGCCCAUCAUAGUCAGUUCAGACCAGAUGGCAAAGCUCCGCAGCCUCUCCAAGAAUGCCGAGAACGAACCCAAUCACCCCUUGGUUGAUAACUGGCGCCCGACUCAGCCGCGGUAUUUCAGGAUGGUGAGCGCAUCGUUCCUCUAGGACCUGCCUCCUCUUGGGUGGCUCUGAGAGAGGCAGCCUCUAGAAAUAAGAGGUGGUUUUGUUUGUGUCCUUUGCUGCAUUUACACAGAACUCCAGCUGUAGGUCUGGAUGUUGAAACUUGAGUUGUGGAAUGAGAAUUUCACUUUCGGAGGAUAACAUUUAUUUAGGCAAAUCCUACUGUUAAAAUGGAAGUAGAGAGUCUGUUGGUUCUUCAUAACUGCUUUAAUAUUAGCUUUUAAUAGUAUAAAGGAAGAAGGAAGAUGCUACUAAUAAUUACAAGACAAUUUCCUAUUGUGCACAUGGCCCUUGAUGCUUGUCUGAUUGCAUGCUGAAGAGGUUUCAGUUAAGAGAAGUAAUUGUUUUCACCAUUAAAGACAUAUUUUUCAGUAGAUGUUUUCAGCAUUACCCAUAUCCAGCUCUGAGCUCCACCAGUUUAUCCACAAGGCAUUCUUGGAAAUUAUAAACUCUUUUGGUCUUUGGUAUGUAAAAUAUGAAAGGACAGGAAAUUUUGUUAUAAUCACAAAUAAAGAGCUAAACUUUUACUUUCUUAAAACAAUGGACAGGUGAAACAGAGGUCUAUUCUGAAAAUUGUAUUCACUGAGUUAUAUGUAGUUAAAACUAUGGGAAGGGGGAAGAACUAUUUCUUUUUGUGUCACAACUGGUUCUCUUUAUUAAAAGACUAAUUUCCAUUUUAAUAUUGCAGCAGUCAAGGUGACAUAAAUUUUGUGAAGUUGCUCUUUGUAUCCUUCGUAUAUAUUUUAUUCAUGUAUGCAAAUAGCUCUUCUGUGUAAAAAGGGUGUUAAAAUAAGAAGAGUCCUUAGUCUUUUUAAUUAUUUUUGAGACAAAUUCUUGUUUCAUAUACAAAUGUAAUCAAUCCUGCUGUCAAUGAAGUUUGUGCAUAAACAUCUGAAACCACAGUUGGACUCUUAAUCAAAAUGCAAUUGACCAACAUGUUCUUGUCUCUUGUUUUGGCACAAAGAACAA